AUGUCCUCGCAUGCUGAUCGCGGGGCGUCGCAUAACGGCAUCCUCCAUGAAUAUGCUCCUAGACUUGUGGCCUUUGAGUUCACCCCACCAGCAGAGGGGAUCAACAAGACAAACAGCCUUAUCUUCGUGGGCGGACUGACAGAUGGAUUUUGUACUGUCCCCUACGUGGCCAAGCUAGCUAAAGCUCUGGAAAAUACCGAAUGGUCGGUCUUUUCUGUCCUACUCUCAUCUUCCUAUGCUGGAUGGGGAGUCGGAAGCCUUGAUCGCGAUGUAGAAGAACUUGGGCAGUGCGUGCGGUUUAUUCGCGAUCUCAAGGCGUCACGCCAACCUGGUGCUCUGACAACAGCUGCAAAGAUUGCGAUCAUGGGUCAUUCAACCGGAAGCCAGGAUGUGCUCCACUACCUUUAUUCGCCGAAUCCCGUGCCGCACAAGCAGUUUGAUCGUGGCCUUCGGCACAUGGUCCGCCCUGAGCUCGACGGUGCUAUUAUGCAAGCACCUGCCUCUGAUAGAGAAGGUCUACAAGCUAUUAUCGAUUCCUCUGAGCAACCCGAGGAGCUUAAAAAGGUCUACGAUCAGCUUGUGAGCUUUGCGAGUGAGCAACCAUACACACCAGAGAAAAACGACACCAUUCUCCCUAUGAAUCUGACUGCGAAGCUUUCUUAUCCGCCUGACACGCCUCUCAGUGCUCGGAGAUUCUUGAGUCUGGUCAGUCCUCAGAGCCCGGACAACCCAUCUGAUGACGACCUCUUCAGCUCCGACUUGAGUGAUGAGCGUUUGCAAAAGACUUUUGGCAUGGUGGGCACCCAAGGUAUUAUCAAGUCGAAGUUAUUGGUACUGUAUUCGGGUGAAGAUGAGUAUUGCCCGCAUUGGGUGGACAAGGGAAAGCUGUUACAGAGAUGGCAGAAGGCAACCGAAGCAGGAGGCGCCAAGUGGGAUGCGGAAAACAGCGCGGUCAUUCCUGGAGCCAGCCACAAUGUUCAUGACAAGGGUCAGCAGGAGCUCAUUGAUCGAGUUCUACGGUACCUCCAGGCCCUCUGA